GUCAAUGUCAAAAUUCAAAUGUCAAAAUAAUUAUCCAAUAAAAUCUUGAAAGUUGUGUUUAUACAUUGUAAAUAAAUCUAAAAUUUAACUUAAAUCACAAUUAGGCUAGCUUUAACUUUUUUCGACAUAGGUAAUAUUUGAAAGCCUUGGUAGAAUGGAACCAGGCCCUAUAAUUAAACAACGUACGCCAAGCCGAUGCAGAGAAUGGGAGCGUCAACGGCGUAUAAAAUUUAAUGACGCCAUAUCAAAACUUGGAGAAAUUGUAAAAUCUAUAAACAAGGCCAACAAUGAUGAAGAGGCAGAUAAUGUGCAAUAUCCAAAAAUUGAAAUAGUACAAAAAGCUAUAAUAUGUCUAACAAACUGUUUACAAGAGAAGACCCGGCUAAAAGCAGAUAUACUAGCCUUAGAAGUAAAAUUAGAAGCCAUAGAGAAACAAAAAAGUAACAUGAAGGAUGUUUCAAUACAAGUUACUCUUGGUAUUAGUAAGAAAUCUCAAAGUGCAAAAUGUGUAAAAUAUAUUAUGCAGCAAAAUCCAAAACCAGAAAGAAAAAUUAAAAUAGUUAAUAAAUGUCCACCAAAGUUGCCAAAGCUAUUGCCAAUAACAAAUAUCAAAAAAGAAAAUACUAUAGUUAUGUUACCAGCUACACCCUACAUAUUCCCACAUAGACCUGUUUUGUUCCCUCAAGCUCCAACAAUUGUCCUGGUUGAUACAAAUCUUCAACAACUUAACAAACCAACAACUAUUCCUAUUAUUAAUAGAAAUAAUAAUGAUAUCACAAAAACAACAACAGUCAAUGUACUACCAAUCUCUGCAUACUCUCAUCCUUUGUCAGCUAAAAUGAAGAAAAAUAAUGCUAGAUCUAGGAAUAAUACAACUCGAAAGAAUGUGAAAAAGGGUAAAUUGUUAGGGUCAGUUGAUAAAAAAGAGGAACAUAAAAAAGAUAUUGAAGCAAUAACAAGUAAAGAAUCAAAUAAAAAUGAUGAUAAGACUUCUAAUGAUAAGAAAGCAACCACAUCUGACGCAACUAUUGAAACAAGCAAAGAAAAUUUAGCCGUCGACAAACCAAAAGAUUCAGAGAUUGAGAAAUUAACUACUGAUCAUACACUUACUGCUACAAAUAAAAUUAAUGCUAUACCUGCAAAUAAUGAUUCUGACACAAAUACUGAAAACAGUGUCACAGAAUCAUCGAAAUGCUCAGAAACUAUAAUUAGUAAAACAAGUACAGAUAAAAACGCAGCAUUACCGAGUUACACUACUGCAACUGAAAAACCUGAAAACUCUGUUAUAAUUCAAGAAGCUAGUACCAAUAGUACUAAAAUUCCACCUGACAAAGAUGUUACAGAAAAUGAAUACAAAAAUAAAGAAAGCAAGAUGCAAACUAUUAUGGAUUCUUCAAUUUGCGAAAAUGUUGUGGAUGGUGGUAAUGCACGUUUGGAAUUAGCAGAAGAGCUCUUAGCGGCUUCACCAACUGCAGCAUUCCUGAUGUCAUUUCCUUUAGUUAGUGGGAAUAGAGCUGACAGUCCCGCUGAAGAGGUUCCUACUACUACUACUACUAGUAGUACUAACAAUAAAGAAAGUAAUCGUCGAAAUGAGACACCUUCACAACAAAUCUCUUAUUUUGAUAAAUCUAACACUGAUGUAAAACAUAAAACAUCGAGCAAAUCUGACAUUGCUACCACUACUACUUCUUCCAAUACUGCUGCCCUUAAACCUGCUGAACAGCAAAAAUAUGAAAAUACUAAAUCAACAACCGCAAAACCAACUCAAGCACCUACUACAAUAACUACCGAAAAUCCCUUUUUGAAUUUGCCUUUACCUUCAAUAAUACCAUCAAGUUGUACAUUAACUGACUCAACAUUUGGUUUAGACUUUGACUGUAAUGUUACUAAAACUGUCACAAGUCAAACAACAACUUAUACAACUAGUAAUAAUAUUUUCUACAAAAGUGAUCCUUUUAACACAGUUAAAAGUACCAUAUAUAGCACUAGUAGUAUUUCUUCUGGUCAUGAGUUUAAUAGUUUAGGAUUAUAUCCUUGUGCAAUGGAAAAUUACUCUAGUAAAAACAAAUCUGAUUAUUCAAAUGUUGAAGACAAUCUUAUGAAAAUGAACUCGUCAAGAUUAACUUAUGAUAUUGAUUUAGGUUGGUCUCACAAAGGUUUAGAUUUCGUUAACUGCACAACUGGUGCUAACACAUUUCACAAAGAUAAUAUUUUGACAACCGCCGCUACCACAUUUUCUACAGCAUAUAAUCCAUUUAAUCCAGAUUUCCAUGUGCCUUUAGUGUCAAAUUCAAAUAAAAAAAAUUUGGUAACAACAACAAAACCUAGUACUUUUCCUGAACCAAUAACGAGCUUUUAUUCUCAAAAUACUAAUUUGUGGCCAGAAGAUGUUUCCUCUAUAUACACAAAUAGUAAUGUAUCUAGAAAUUUUAUUCAGAAACAACAAAACUAUUUCUCUCCUGAAAAUUUACAUCCAAAUAUGAAUGUGAAGACUAGCAUAACAAAAUAUGAUAACAAAAGUAUGUCGGAAAAUACUCCUAACACUGUUAAACCUACAUCAGUUAUAGAUCAUCAUAUUGUUGAAAAAUAUACAAAAAAAUCUCCAAAUAAAAUGCAUAUAAAUUGGAUGACAUCGGAAGUUAGACCUCUGCAAAAUAUCUGCAAUCAAAAUCAAAGCAACAUAAAAGAGCCAGUUAAAAUCCCUUAUUCUCAAAUUGACCAAGUUACUAAGAAAGCAGCCAAUAAUGACAGCAGCUAUUUUCCUAUCAAUAUGCAUAAUUUUCCUACUCAGGCUAACCAUGAAGAACUUCAGGUCUGGCCUACUGCUCGACCUGCUGGAACUACAGAGAUUAGUAUAGAACCACCUCCUAUAAACUUGCCUACUUUGGUUGGAGACCUAGCUUUAGGCCCACAUGACAAAAAGAAAGCUGAAAUUGGAAGUAGGACUUUACCACAUACUGACUUACAAAGCUGUGGAAAUUUCCUCUCUGUUACUCAGUUGAUGAAUCGUUCAAGCGAUAAUAUGCCUUCUCGGUCUCAUGGACCUAUUAAUGAAACUCAUAAAUCCAUGUCUUCAAAACAUAAUGUAAAUGAAUCCAAUAGGAAACCGAUGCUCACGCGUUUAGAAACUCACCCACAAAUCUGUUAUGGCUUUAAUGACUCGAAACAUGCCAAUCCCUACGAUAAUGUCACGCAAUUUUCACAAACAAAGUGCAAAUCUAAUAAUAAACCGGAUAAAAAUUCCAAAGCACAAAAAAACAAUUACUCAGCAGAGGCACUAAUACGUGGUGGUACAACGUGCAAUCAAAAAUUACAAGACAACAAUAAUACAAAGUUUAUGGGCGCUCCACAGAAAUAUAAUGAUUUCAAUGUCGCACACGACAGUGGGGUAGCUCAGAUAUCACAUUUCCCUUCAAUAAUUGACUAUUCAGAUAAUAAUUAUACGGGUCAACAAUUUUCAGGCACCACUUUAUACAAUUCCACUACUAACACAAUAUCAAAUUCAUUUUAUACAAAUUUUAUGCCUGGCAGUAGUAAUUUGAUGGCAGGCAAUUAUGCGGGUGGUUCUUUUUCGAGCGAUUUUGUUGAUUAUAACCAAGUAGAAUGUAACUACACAAACCAGAAGUUUAACGAAAUAAAAAUGAAAAACAACGCGAAUACAUUUCAACAAGAUAAGGAACCAUCUAAUUACAAGAGUUCGAGAAGAGAUUCUGCUGCAAAACAUAAAUUGGAAUGUUCCAAAAAAGAAUCUAGUAAGAAGUACCAAAGCAAAAGACCUAAAGUACCAAAUGAAAUGGAAGAGUGGAACGAUAAUCCUUUGCUUUGGCAAAAUAAAGCUCAAACCAAAAGACACCAAAACUUGAUGACCGAAGAGUUAACAUUCUCAAAUUAUGUUGGAAAUCAAAUGCCUACACAGUAUCAACCUGAUUUUUUCAAUAGUCAUUUAAUGCAACCAAGUAUACAAAAUGUAGGCACAAGUGCUGAUCGAUCGUUAUCAAGCUUGCCAGUAGCUUCACGGGCUAACUUUAACCUCAGCGCUUUGUUUCCGGAAAUAACAAUGAAGGUGCAAUGACAUUAGGUUACGGCGAUUUAUGAAUGAAGUAUACGCGUUACGCAACUGUGAUUAAGUGAAUAAUGUUAUUUAUAAUAUGAUUAUAGUAUAACUAUUAUAGUAGAUAGUUAAUGAAAUUUUACACAUAUAAGCCUAUUUAUUGUAAUAAAUGUUUGGUUAUAUAAAAUAA